AUGAGCCAGGCCGGGGCAGACCUGACCCGUGCGGGGCGGGGCACUGGGUGUAAAAGUUUGCCCCGUCACGGGACAUGGGGCGGGGCGGGGCGGCGGGACAAUGGUGCGGGGCGGGUCUGGGCCGUCAAAUACCCGGCCCGACCUGGCCCAUUGCCCUUGUGGAUGACGGCCAAUAAGCCUGAGAUUGGAACGCAAGUGGAGGAAAAGAAGACUACUGGGAAAUCUGAAAAAGAAUUGACCCUUGACGGAGGAUUUGGGGUGCCAAAUGUCAAUUUGUUUGGCCAUAACUUUAGGGAUUAUGAGGCUGAAAGUGAGAGGCAAGAAGGUGUGGAAAUUCUCUACAAGACCAAUCACAUCUACCAAACUCUUGAGUUUGUGAAGAAAAUGAGGGAAGAAUAUGAAAAAUUGGACAAAGUUGAAAUGAGUAUUUGGGAAUGUUGCGAGCUGCUCAACAAUGUUGUUGAUGAGAGUGACCCUGAUUUAGAUGAGCCUCAAAUUGAACAUUUGCUACAAACUGCUGAGGCUCUAAGAAAAGAUUAUCCUAAUGAGGAUUGGCUUCAUUUAACUGCCCUUAUUCAUGAUCUUGGGAAGGUCCUCCUUCUCCCUGAAUUUGGUGAGCUUCCACAAUGGGCUGUUGUAGGUGAUACUUAUCCUGUUGGUUGUGCUUUCGAUGGCUCCAUUGUGCAUCACAAGUAUUUCGAGGAAAAUCCCGACUACUAUAUUCCAGCUUGUAAUACCAAAUUUGGAGUUUACGAGGAAGGGUGUGGACUGGACAAUGUGUUCAUGUCGUGGGGCCAUGAUGAUUACAUGUAUCUGCACCUCCAAAACCGUUUGAUUGCUCCCCCAAUCACCGCCACCUUCCCAAGCACAUUGUCGACGAAACACGCUCUGCUCGACCUCUCUGGCGCCUUCCCACUGAGAAUCUCGAAGCUCAAUUUGGACCCUCAUUGGCCACAGUUGAGCUCCGCGCAUGAGGUGUUUGACGAUUUUUCUGUGUGGGGAACUGUCGGUGCAAUGGAGAAGAACGCGACAUUGGACAUGGAGAAAUGGAAGGUCCUCGAGACGCGGAAGUUGGUGGUCUCGAUCUGGAUUUCUCGACAUUCUUCAUGGGGACCUACGGUUGCAGGCGAAUUUUAA